UUGGCGGACAGUCUUACAUCGAUCAGCUGUGCUGCAAUUACAGCUGCGCAAAUCCGUCCAGCAAACGGGGAGCAUACUGUACAUUUAUCUGAACUGCAGGGCUGCAGCUGCGAGCAUGUCUAAUAAGGCUGAGUUUGAGAAGUUGGCAGAGGAUGUAAAGAAGGUGAAGACGAGGCCUACAGACCAGGAGCUCCUGGACUUGUAUGGUCUUUAUAAACAGGCACUUGUCGGUGACAUUGACACAGAGAGGCCAGGGAUGCUAGACUUAAAAGGAAAAGCUAAAUGGGACGCCUGGAACUCCAGAAAAGGAAUGUCCAAGGAAGAUGCCAUGGCAGCUUACAUUACACUUGCAAAGGAAAUCAUUGACAAAUAUGGCAUGUAAUGGCUGCAAUAAUCUCAAGGGACUGAAUUAACCCAGGAAAUGUCUACUAACUCAGAUAAAUGCUACUGUCUGUACAACAAGUGGCAUUCUGCAUCAGAGACAAUAAUAAUGCAGGAAAGAGAGUAAUAAGUGAUCAAAUUUGCUGUGAUUUCUUUCAAUGAUUCUUUUUUUAUUUUGUAGUUUAUACAACUGGAUAACUCUAUGCAUUUUUGGAUAAAAAAAUUUGAACAUGUUAAAUUGCUGUUUAAUAAAAUUCAUAGAGAUUUGUGUUGUAAUCACAAGCACACAGCAUUACACUGUAUACUUGGGCACUGUGAAGUGUAGCUUGAUUCUUUAUGAAAACUGGACAAACUAAAUGCCUUUAAUCAUGAACAAAUUGAAAAUAAAAUGUCUUACUGCA